UCUUUGCAUACACUCAUUCAGUCCCUCUCAUAAAGAUUCCAAAAAUCCCUUAUAAUCACUUCUAUCCAAACGCGCGUUAAACCUAAGCUAAAACCUUCACACUUCAACAAUGGAUCCACCACGUCGUCCUCCUCGCACCAUAAUCGACCCCGUCCCCAAAUUCCGUCAAGUCGGUUUCUUCACUCCAUCCGCACCACCCGAUCGUUCUCAAUCCGGUCCACCCGACCCAACUCACUCUCCACCUUUACCCGAAACCUCCGCCGCCGCUUCUCUCUCCCCCGUCAUGAUCCCUCCUCCACGUCAUCUCUCCGAUAAUCUCCUCAUCCAUCGUUCUGCAGCUAUGGUGCCUUCGCCGCGGAGGGCGGAAUCGAUUAGUGUUGGUGGAAAUGGUAGCUAUUCUGAUGCUGCGCCGGUGUCGCCGGCGCCGUCGUCGUCUUAUUCGAGUAGGUUGGGUGGUGAAAGAGGGUUUUUUGAUGGGAAGGAGAAGAUUGUGGCGAGUUCGUUUCCGAGAGGGGGGUUUGAUUUGACUGCUUUGAAAGGGAAUGUUGUUGUGAAGGAGAGUGCUUUGACUACUGUUUCUGUUGUUAAUGAUUCUCUUGUGAUUCAUGAAAAAGAAAAACCACACAAAGGAGGAGGGUCAGCUGGGGAAAUGAAAGACCAAUCUAAUAGUUCAAAACAACAGAAACCAAAACUCACAAAAGCUGAAAGACGUGAACUUCAAGAAGCUCAACGAGCUGCAAAGGCUGCUGCAAAAGGCGAAGGAAAUAAGGCGUCUGCAACUGCUACAUCAGCAAAUGCAAGACCAGCUAAAGCAGUAAAGCCUGCACAAAAAUCUGAUAAUGCAUCAGUUGCAGCCACUGAGAAGAAGGGGGGUGAUUUUCCACAUGAAAAGGAUAGAAAGAAAGAUGUCCCUCAACCACGCUUGCAGUAUGAUGACAAGAGCCGAGUGGAGAAAGCUAAACGUCGUUCUGUGGUGAAACAAACUGAGGCUAGGAACAGAGUUGAGUUGUUCAGGCAUUUACCACAAUAUGAACAUGGGAGUCAGCUUCCAGAUCUUGAGGCAAAGUUUUUCGACCUUUAUCCUAUGCAUCCUGCUGUUUAUAAGGUGGGUUUGCAAUACAUAUCUGGAGAUAUAUCUGGUGGCAAUGAUCGUUGUAUUGCAAUGCUUCAAGCAUUUCAAGAGGCCAUCAAAGACUACAAGGUUCCACCUGAGAAGAGUCUUGGAAGAGACUUGACAGCAAAAAUUGGUAGUUAUGUAUCAUUUCUUAUUGAGUGCCGACCUCUGUCAAUCAGCAUGGGAAAUGCAAUUAGAUUUCUCAAAAGUCAGAUAGCCAAGCUACCUUUAACCUUGUCUGAGUCAGAAGCAAAAACUUCUCUCCAAGCAGAUAUUGAGCGUUUUAUAAGUGAGAAGAUCGUACUUGCCAACAAGGUCAUAGUCAAGCACGCUGUCACCAAAAUAAGAGAUGGGGAUGUUCUUCUAACUUAUGGGUCAUCAUUGGCUGUUGAAAUGAUUCUUUUACAUGCACACGAAUUAGGAAAACAGUUUCGUGUUGUGAUAGUUGAUUCUCGUCCAAAGCUUAGAGGCCAGCAGUUACUCCGCAGGCUUGUGGAGAAAGGUCUUAACUGUACAUACACUCAUAUAAAUGGUGUUUCCUACAUAAUGCAUGAAGUUAGUCGGGUUUUUCUGGGUGCUGAAUCAAUACUGUCUAACGGAACGGUAUAUUCAAGAGUGGGGACUGCAAGUGUUGCAAUGGUUGCUCAUGCAGCCCGUGUACCAGUCAUAGUAUGUUGUGAGGCCUAUAAAUUUCAUGAAAGGGUACAGCUGGAUUCAAUUUGCUCGAAUGAACUUGGUGAUCCAGAAGUCAUUUCAAAUGUUCCAGGUAGAAUGGAUGUCAACCACUUGAAUGGUUGGGCUGAUAUUGAAAAUCUGCAACUUCUAAAUUUGAUUUAUGAUGCAAUGCCUUCAGACUACGUUUCAAUGAUAGUCACCGAUUAUGGCAUGGUCCCACCCACAAGUGUGCCAGUAAUUGUAAGAGAAUAUGGGAGAGAGCAGGUCUGGAUAUAAAUUAUGCAAAUGCAAAGGCCUGGUAGGAAUGUAUCCUAAGAUAACAUGGAAGAUAACAGGUCUUGAUAUAAAUUAUGGAAUGGAAAUGUGAAGGCCUGAUCGAAAUAAAUUUUAUGAUUGUUGUAACUCUAUGGUUCUGUAUUAUUUUCCAUAUUGGAAUUAUGUGCCUCUUUGUUAUGAAAUUUUGGACAUUUUUGUAUUCAAACUGUCCUAGCGAAGAGAGCAAACAUUUUGCCUCUCCAGGCAGAUUCAGCUAUGUAUUAUAUCAUUCACAAGUUUUGGAUAAUUUCUCACACAAUUUUGGUUUGGCAAGUUUUCUUUA